AGUUAAUAUCAACAUGUCUCAUAUGCCUCCAUUUCGUCUUAAUGUCCCUAAUCUACCUACAGACUUGCCAUCUGCUCCUUCAAAUCCUAAAAAAAGAAGGAAAAAUGCUCCCAUUCAACCUCCUCCCAGUGUCCAAGAUCUGUUACCUCCACCCUUGUCAGGAUAUGGUGAUACCAUUGUAGCUUCCAAUCCAUUUGAUGACUGUCCCAGUAAUGUUAACACUGGGGUUAUGUCAAGACCCCAUGGAGGACCACCUAUGGGUAUGGGAGGUCCUGGUCCAAAUAUGGUAAUGGGUAAUAGUCUGGGGAUGUACCGUCCUAUGUGUCCAAACCCUCCUAUGGGUAUGAACUCUCCCAUGAUGCACAGUCCUAAUACACAUCAGAUGAAUAAUGCCAUGAUGAUGAAUGGACCAAGAAUGAAUCAUAUGGGACCUAAUCAUGGACCUCCACAUAUGAUGCCCAGUCCUAAUGGACCUGGUGGAGGUGGACCAAUGGGUUCUAGUAUGAGUAUGACUGGUCCUCCUAUGCAUAGCCCUAUAGGUAAUAUGGGACCAAUGCCAGGUCACGGCUCUGGUAAUGCCAGUCCAAUGGGCCAUGCUGGACCAAUCAAUGGAGGUGGAAUGAAUAAUCCCAUGAAUGGCCCACCAAUGGGCGGACCACAAAUGUCACAUGGACCUCACGGCCCCCAUGGUGGUCCAGGUCCUGGCCCAGGAAUGAAUUUAAAUUCUGGGAAUGGACCUCCUAUUGGUCCUCCUAUGAAUAAUAAUUUUAUAAUGUCCCCUAUGAAUAGUAUGUACUCGAAACCAAUGCCUGUUUCGGCAGGUAAAAUAUAUCCAGCUGAUCAGCCGAUGGUUUUUAACUCUCAGAAUCCCAAUGCCCCACCUAUAUAUCCCUGUGGGGUGUGCCAUAAAGAAGUGCAUGACAACGAUCAGGCUAUUCUGUGUGAGAGUGGCUGCAACUUUUGGUUUCACAGAGGUUGUACUGGUUUGACCGAAGCAGCUUUUCAGCUUCUCACAGCGGAAGUGUAUGCAGAAUGGGUUUGUGACAAGUGUCUACAGUCAAAAAACAUCCCACUAGUGAAGUUUAAGCCUUAAUAUUAUGUGUUACUAAGAGCUAUAUGUGAAAUGAAUCCGGUGAUCAUUUAACUAGGCUCUUGGAACUUGAAAAAAGCUGAUCGGUUUUAAAGCACUACUUGUAUUUUGUGCUUAAGGUGUGAUAUCUUCUCUUUACUGAAUCAAAACAGAAAUCGUAGGAAGGUUGUCACUUUGGUUUUUCGUAUAGCCACAAUAUGGUCCAACACAUUGAUAUCGACUGGUUUUUAUUUCUUAACAAAUAUUAAAUCACUUUUACAUGUAUUAUCAUUCAUUUAUCUGUUACCAAGAGUUUUAUGUGAAAUGGAUCUGAUGAUCAUUUAAGUAGCUCUUGGAACUUGAAAAAGCUGAUCAGUUUUAAAGCACUACUUGUAUUUUGUGCUUAAGAUGUGAUAUCUUCUCUUUACUGAAUCAAAACAGAAAUUGUAGUAAUGUUGUCACUUUGGUUUUUCGUAUAGCCACAAUAUACGAAUUUGAACAAAGCUGAUCGGUUUUAAAGUACUACUUGUAUUUUGUGCUUAAAUUGUGAUAUCUUGUCUGUAUUUAAUCAAAACAGAAAUUGUAGUAAGGUUAUAAGUUUGGUUUUUCGUAUAGCCACAAAAUGGUUCAGUUCAUUGAUAGCUACGGGUUUUUAUUUUUUAACCAAUACUAAAUCACUUUUACAUGUAUUUAAACCAUUUUUAUUAUUAAAUCUGAUAAUUUUAUACUAUUAAACUUCUUCAUACAGCAUUCUGGUGAUUGUGAGCCUACUGAUUGUAACUCAAGGGCGGAUCCAGGGAGGGGGCCAUGGCCCCCAUAUAUAAUAUAUAAAAUAUAAGUUUUUUAGUUUCAAACACAUAUAUAUUACAGUAGAACCCCGUAAAUCCGAACCCCGCGAAUCCGAACUUUCGGCAAAUCCGAACCAACGGGGAGUGAAAAAAAUUUAAAAAUUCAAGACAAAAACUUAAAAACAUGUUUAUUAUACAGAGUAAAGCCAGAAAAUUGGACAAUGUAAGAUUACUAGGACUUUGACAUUUAAAAUUUCUUAAAAAUAAAUAUUAUACUUUAAUUAUAGGUUUAUAAAGUGUUUAUAAAGGUUAAACACAAAUUUACUUUGGUUCUCUCGUAGUCAACUUGAGUCCAAAAAUAUUGUCCACACUCUUGCGAGAACGUUUGGCUACUCAAAAUCACAAUGAAAGCUUUGAACUACUAGUUAAGGCUAACUUUCGGAUAAUCCGAACUUUUCGGAAUCCGAACAGGCUGUCCCCCCAAUUAGUUCGGAUUUGCGAGGUUCUACUGUAUUUACAAAACAGGGGAUAAAUAUGUCUUCAGAAGUAGAAUUGAACAAAACCAGUAACAGAAGCUUCAAUAAUGACAUAUAAUGUUUUGUAAAUCCCAAAUGUUGAUAAUUUUACAAAGUACCAAUUGUUAAAACGACCUUGGCAACCAUCAAAAUCGUAUCAAUUUCCAUAUUCUGUACACACAAAGAAUAAAAAAGAAAUGAAGCGUUAGUUGGGUCAUCAGCAAUUAUAGAACAAAGGAGUUGGUUAGUACUUUUGCACAUUCAAAAGGGAUUGUUGUGCAAAUAUUGCAUUUUAUUUUUCUAAUAAAAAAUUUGGUCACAAUAAAGGGAUGACAAUGACAGCCCAAAGCCUUGUCACGAAAUCUUUAACAUUUUUCGCCAAACUAAUGGGCAAAGACGGAUCCAUACAAACCCAUGAAAAAACAGCAUACCACAAGGAGUGCUUUCAAGUGGGUCUGGAUUUUCUAUAAAGUUGUCGUACUCGCAAAAGUCUGUCAUUAAACAGAUAGACUCUCAGAGGUCUAAACAGAUACAAGAAAAUAGAGAAAGACUACGACCAAUAGUAGAGGCCAUCGUGAUGAUAUUUCUCUAAGAGGCCAUCGUGAUGAUGACCUUCUGCUUCUGGACGAAGAUGGUGGGACCUAGCAAUGAGGGGAAUUGUUAAGGUUUAAAAUCGCAUCAGGAGAUAAGGCUCUUAAACAACACAUAUUCACAGCAUCUUCCCGAGUAACAUACAUUAGCAGCCUAGUCAAAAUCAAUUGAUAACAUGUUGUGGUGAAGAAAUAAUUGAACAAAUAAUGAAUCAGGUUCAAAGUGCAAAUUAUUACUCUGUCCUAUUUGACGAAAUGACCGACGUAUCCCACGUGGAACAGCUUUCUCUCAAUUUGUGAUACAUACACAAUAACAACAUUCGUGAAAAUUUUGUUAAGUUCAUUGACGCUUAUGGGAACAUAAAAAUAAAUGAAAAUCAAGAAAGAGGAAAAGAACAAGGUCUGAAAUGAGAAGCAUUGGGAAAAGUAGUAUUAAACUUGUUGAAAGAACUGCUCUUGGAUCCGAAGAAAUGUGUAGAAAUUGGUACUAGCUUUAAUAAGGAUAAGUUUUGAAUGUCUUUAUGGCACUCAAAGUGUAUGAAAAGUGCCUGAAAACUCACCAUUGUAACCGUAAUUUUUAAAAAUUACCCCCAGACUUCCUGAUAUCCCUUCCCAAAAAAAGUUAAUGGCCCCUCCCGAAAAUCGGUUCUGGAUCCGCCGUUGUAACUAUUAACUGUCUAUACUUAUUUUUAUUUUAUUAAAACUGAUAUGAUAAUUAAUAAGCUAAAUAAACCCAGUUUAUUUAGCGAUUUAUAUAUUUUUACCAAAUAAAGUUUGAAGUAAGUAAUUAUCCGACAUCGUUUUUGCUACAAUUCAGUUUUGUGUUAGGUUCGAAUAAUUAAGAUAUGUACAUAUACAUUGUUAAAGGAAUUAAAAUACUUGAUUCGAUUUAUAUUCUGUAUUUAUUUACAACUUUUAUUCACGUGUAUUAUUGCCUGCUAAAAGUGUACUUACAGAAUAAUCAUAAAACUAAAAGCGCGCCGUUUUUCUAUCGAUUCAAAGUCAUUGUGGAGAAUUGUAGUAAAAAAUAGGCGUGUCUUCAAAAUUCGAGGUCAGCGAAGACUAAUUAGUUAUUAAUUUAUUAUAUUAGAAUACUAUUUAUUAUAUUUAUUCUAUUCUUAGCACACACUUUUUAACAUUAUUAGUUCUCCGGUUGAAGAAUCCUAACCUAACCUAAUCUUAACAGUUUCCGUCUCGCACAACCCAUCUAUGAUAGACAACCAUAGAUACACUAAGACAACAUAACCCCCUAAAUUUUCAAAAUAUUAAUACAAAACAGUAUAUGUACUCUAUACUAAAAAUUACAAUCAUCGCACUUAUAUAGUUCUUCCACUCGUAUCUUUUCCCAUGCAUGAAAUUAUUCACGAAUUACUUUUUACUCUUUUUUACUCACAGAAACUAGUAUCGCAAAAUUAAGUCGCUUGUCCAUAUACACCACAAUAAGUUAAACAAGGAUAAACAAUACAUGUCUUGAUACCCUGUUUACUAUGAAUUUUGACGUUUAUCAUUUUCAUAGACAGUGACAUUAGCGCAUUUGUUGUGUAUAUUGGAAUUUAUAACUUAUAUUGUGUUAUAGCAUAUUAUUCAACGAGCAUGUAAUGAUGGGUUUUACUCACGAUGGUUAAGUUUGCGACACGAGCCGAAGGCGAGUGUCGUAAGUAAUUUAUCAGAGUGAGUAAUAACCAUUACAUGCGAGUAGAAUACUAUACUUUUUCUACGACCUUUUUUAUUUUAAUUCGCUUAACUGCAAUAUUCUGUACAGGUAUAUUGUAUAUACAGAUAUAGUGUACACAUGUAUAAAAACUUGAAUCCACAUACUGACAAGGUAUAUCUGCAUGUUUUGUGUUAGGUCAAAUAUAUUAAAAAUCAUUCAAAUGUGUUCUGUAUUUUGUAAUAUAACUCCUGAUAUACGAUUUUGGUAACGUACAUUAUCAUUCAUUAUGGUCGAACUUCGAGGAAUUGUUUUACAUAGCUGCCGACCGAGAACAUUGUUAAUAACACGAUAAUCAACGCUUGAAAACAAGCAUGACACACAAAGAAGAAGAUUAUGAUUCAGUAAUUACCAGAUACACUGUGUUAACUUGCCGAUUAGAUGUAUCGACUUAAAAUGGCAAUACUGCGUGCUUCCCACAUGGAAUAAGCUACAUAUAUACGAUAUUAUAAUUUAUAGACAUGUAAACAGUUAAAAGUGUCAGCGGCAUGAGCAAUCAUUAGAGUAUCAAUUUCAUUGCCGGCUUCCCAAAUGCAAUCAGCUCUGGAUUGUGAUAAUUUAAUACACAUGUAUUUAUAAACAUUAAGAGUGUAGCAUAGUCACUUGGGAUCCUAGUUACUUGAGACCAUUCACAUGCUAACGCGCGUUUUAGGUCAUUAAAAUCAAGUAAAAUGUAUGUAGUUGUAAUCGCGCGUUAUCAAAACUCUCGUUAAGCAACUCUCAUGUGAACGGGCUCUUACUCUUGCUGAGCGGUGUGGUUCCAAAGUUAAAGAAAAGGGAGCACUGAACGAGGAAUAGUAAGCAAUAAGCAACUAAUGUUGCCAGUAAUUUAAGAAUGGUAUUACGUUACCUACUCCUUGUAAAUGAGUAGUUUCAGAACUUAAAUUAUUUGUUUGAAUCUGCCGAUGGACGAUUAAACAUCGAUACUGUAGUGGAAUAAUAAGCAAUGUUGCCGAUUUUAGCGCUUCCUUCAAUGUGGUAUAUCUAAUUACAAAGUAAACGCUCUGUAUCACAGAAUACAUAUAAACAUUACCGAUAAUAAAGCAGCAUUUGGUAUUAUAGGUAUAUUUUCAUGAAUUCAAUAUGAAGUAUAAUUAAUAAUAAAUUGAUUACAACCCUAUUGUUUACAUAAAAGUGCUCAAAUGUAUGUAAAUGGCAAAAUUUAAUGUGUAAAUUUUAGUAAAAAUAUUGAAUUAAAAACUAACAGUGAUUUUAUUGACGUUUGUUAAGGUUUUAAAAUCAUUGCUGGAAUAUCAGUACCUAAUAUAAAAAUAUUGUGGGGAUAUAUUAAACCAAAAUUUUAGUAACUUAAAUUAUGAUUCAGUAAUUACUAGGUAUCACAUAAUUAAAAUAAACUUUACUGAGAAUAAAGCAGCAUUUGGUAUUAGAUAAUUUAAUACAUUCAAUAUGAAGCAUAAUUCAUAAUAAAAUUGAUUACGGCACUAUAUACACUAUUAUUUAAUUGAAUGUACUCAAAUGUAUGUAAAUGACAGAAUUUAAUGUGUAAAUUUUAGUAAAAAUAUUGAAUCAAAAA